AUGCCUUCAUGCUUCCGAGAGACGGGUUAUCUUUAUCGACUAUUUUCGCAUCGGUUUUUGUGCAUCUUCGUCAUAAUUACCACAUCUUUAACUUUACUUCAGUGUUGGCUUUGCAGUCGAAGUCUCACUAUAAAUCAUAAUGGGGCCAAGUUGUUGCUUAACAUCAUCUUCUCCAUGGAACAUCCUGAAGCUCUGAAAUCUAAGGUUUUGCCGCUGCGAACGGCAAUACAGAAAGCACGCAAUGGUUCUACGGUAGACGGUUCUAUGGCCAAUUCCACAUCAUUCAUUCUUGACAAUAAGCUGGUAACUUUAAACUCUGAGUGCAUCCAAGAACUCAAGAAGCCCCUCUUGAAUCUAGAUCGAAAUUACCGCACGAAUAUAGCUACUGUGGUCUUUCAGCCCUGGGUCUGGGGUCUGGGCAUGUGGGCAUUGAUACUUGAGUCUGUCCCUCAUCUCGCAGCGGUGUGGGUAGCAGAUAUAAUCAUCACUGUGUUUGGCGCCCUCGAUCUUCACGAAACCAAUCUGUUACACGAAUAUUUUCAUCAGGUGGUCAUCAACCAUUGUGGCGGAAUAGACGUCCUUCCGAUGUACUGGGCUGACGUACUACGACUGGAUUCAGCUGCUGUUGUCUUUGCCGUACUAGGAUUAUUAGCCACCUCCUAUGUAUCGUACAAAUUGUAUUCUGUUCUGGACUGGCGAACUUUUAAAAGAUUAGGAGCAGGUCGAACUGUGCGAGUUGCACAUAGUUUUUCACUUGCAUUCACUGUUACCUUACAUUUGAACGCAUACUUCAUUGUUGUAUUUCUGUCACUUUGGCUCGAUGAAUUAAUCAUACACGUAUGGGAUCCAAACGAGCAAUCAAACCAUCUGCACAGGACAGGUAGCUGGUCAUUAAACAACGAAAACAUCAUCGGCAUAUUUCUACUUGCGUCUAAAGACUCGCAUGUCAUGACUGAAAAUUGGAUAUUCUUAAAGUUUACGGGUGUCACUGCAUGUGUUUUGCUUUUUGCCAGUUUGAUUUUUGCGAUCAUCUGUUUUGUAACCUUUGACAGAGGUCUUCUAUUGCAAGCCCAUACAGAUUCACGCGAACUCGGAGAAGACUUGGCGAAACCCAAUAUGUCUGAUGUAUCCGGCUGCGUCCAGUUCCCCUCCAAUAAGGUCCCGCCAGUCUCUUACCACGCUGAUUCCCGGCAGAAGUACGUCACUGGUUACUCUAAUCGCCUGGGAUCACCUUCUGGCCUUGAGAACUCUUUUUACCAUGGGGAACAUACCCUACACAAUACAUGUAAUGUGGUUACUGAUCCACAGCUACAAAUUCCCUCCAAGGUUGACCCAAGGACAUAUUCUUCAUCUCGGAUGAAGGCUAGGAAGAGCUCUAUGUCAAUUUUUCCAAGACGAAAACAGGAUUAUCUGAAAAGUCCUCCAAUCGAUGCCUCAAUUCAGUAG